UUCAGCACAUAUAUCAAUUUGGACAACGCAAUUGGCGGUGGCUUUGGACAAAUCGAGGAUUUGGACUAUGGAUAUGAGAGAUCCAAAUCAUUUCAGGCCGCUCUCUUCUUGAAACUUGUGAGUCCAGUUUUUACUACGUCAUGUUGAUAUAAUCAAUGAAGGAAGCCAUCCGGAUAUUUAAAAUCAAGAACAAGCAGAAUGGGAAACAAACUGACUGGUCGCACUGAAUUGUGACUGCCAUUGCCCAACAAACAAAGAAGAACGAGUCAAUGACUGUAUCUGUAAUUAACAGAGCUGGAUUCUGUAAAGCCGAUACUUGGGUUCAACAGAACUGGUUUUAAAUGCAUAGAACAGUUCUUGAAAAGCUUUCCUUACAUUACGCGUUUUAAACCACAUAGAUUAAUUAACACACCCACACAAACACAGACCCAGACACAGAAUAUAGUUUUCUUCUGUACUCUGGAUAUCCCAUUUCCGGGUUGAUGUGAUUAUUGUUAUCAGAAUAACAGGAACAGAAGAAUAAAACAUGAAGAUUUCAGGAUCCUGAAAUUACAUUUCUAAAUAAGGUCUAAGGAAUGGCAUCAACGGAAAGGCAAUAUGAGCUUUGGAUGCUCUAUUGCAACAAGAAGGAUCCCGACUACCUUAAACUUUGGUUGGAGAUAUUCAUCAGCUCCUAUGAAAAAUGUCUGGAUGUGGACUUCGAAAAGCCUCCAACGAGGCUGGAUGAAGUCCCUCCGGUGAUGUCUCUGCUGCCUGAUAACAUCCUGCAGGUCCUGAGGCACCAGCUCCUGCAGUGUGUUCUGAAAGUGUCCGAUGGCUUGGAGGAGGAACAGCAGACCCUCUCCCUGCUGCUGGUCAAGUUCUUGAUCGUCGUCUGCAGGAAUCUGUCCAAUGUGGAGGAGAUUGGGACUUGUUCCUACAUCAACCAUGUCAUCACCAUGACCACGCUAUAUAUUCAGCAGCUAAAGAGCAAGACCAAAGAGAAGGAGCUAGCAGACCAAACUCCAGCAGAAGAAUUUGUCAGGCACGCCCUCAGCUUCUGCGAGAGCCUGUACGACCCCUAUCGAAACUGGAGGCACCGGGCUUCUGGUGAGCUGGUGAGUGCAGUAGAGAAGAGCAGACAGAAAUACAAAGCCGCCCCUCUGACCGUGGAGUUCAUCCCUUUCUUUUACCAAUGCUUUCAAGAGAGUGAACAUCUGAAGGAGAGCCUAAAAUGUUGCCUUCUGCAUCUCUUUGGGUCCAUUGUGGCUGGAGGACAGCGCAAUGCACUUCAGGCGAUUUCUCCAGCCACCAUGGAGGUCCUGAUGAGGCUGCUGGCAGACUGUGAUUUGAUAGAGGACAAGGACCCAGAUGACAUCAACCGGAAGGCCGAGCUGACGCUGAAGUGCCUGACCGAAGUGGUGCAGAUGCUGCUGUCCAGCAGUUCAGACCAGCGGCAGGUGGAGAUCAGCACCAUCCUGGAGAAUUACUUCAAGCUGCUCAACUCAGACCCCACUGCAUUGCCUCUCAAGACCAAAUCUAGACAGUGGGAGAACAGGUUUAUCACACUACAGAUACAGAUGCUGAACACCAUCACUGAAAUGUUUCAUUGCUCUGACAGACCGGUCCUUCAGGCCAUUUUCCUAAACAGCAACUGCUUUGAGCACCUCAUCCGAUUGCUUCAGAACAGCAAGCUGGUUGUAAAUGCUAGAUGUAAGGCAGCAGACAAGAGCGAGAAAGAUCUUGCCAACAAAAAUCUGACAGAAAUGAAUGAGGACCAGGUGUUUCAGGGUCGGCUGGAUUGCCUGGCUGUAUCCACAAUAAAAGCUCUCACUACAGUGAUGCUCAAAUCCCCUGCUGCUAAGGAGGUGUUCAAAGAGAGGAUUGGCUACACCCAUUUGUAUGAAGUUUUGAAAUCCCUGGGGCAGCCAUCAAGAGAGCUGCUGAAAGAACUUCUGAACAUGGCUGUUGAAGGGGACCACACUUCAGUUGGGAUCCUGGGGAUCAGCAACGUCCAGCCCCUCAUGCUGCUUAUCCAGUGGCUCCCGCAUCUCGACUCGCACGACCUUCAGAUCUUCAUCUCCGACUGGCUGAAAAGAAUCUGCAGCCUCAACUGCCAGAGCCGCAACACUUGCGUCAACGCCUCCAUGGUGGUCCGCAUCUUGGAGUCCUUGAACUUUCACACCUGCCUUCACCGGACUUGUGCGGAGAACCUGAUUAGUUUGUUAGGAUCUCUUGGCAGCCAAUCACUGAGCACAGGGGAGCUUCUACAGCUAAUUAGACUUUUGAGGACUGAGGACCCCAAACAGGCCCACCCCUACGCAGUGCUAGUAAUGAGGGCUAUCCUUGGGAUGGCCCGCAAACUGGGGCUAGAUAAUGCACUGCAGUACUUUGACCUGUCCCCUAGCAUGGCAGGGAUCUCUGUGCCCACAAUCCAACGCUGGCCAGGAUAUGCCUUCAGUUUCUACGCCUGGCUGUGCUUGGAUCAGGACCAACAGGGGAGUGGGCUCUUCAGUAAAGGAGGGAAGAGAAAGCAACUCUAUAGCUUUUUCACAGCUAGUGGGACUGGUUUUGAAGCCUUUAUCACUUCCUCUGGAGUUCUGGUAGUAGCCGUGUGCACCAAGAAAGAGUAUGUGACAGUCAUGCUUCCUGAUCACUGUUUCUGCGACUCCCUUUGGCACAGUAUAGCUGUUGUUCAUAUGCCUGGGAAGAGGCCCUUUGGACAGAGUUUGGUGUACAUAUAUGUCAAUGGGCAGCAGAAGCUGUCAGCCCCGCUAAAAUUUCCUACUAUGAAUGAGCCCUUUAACUCCUGCUGUAUCGGAUCUGCUGGCCACAGGACGACCACUCCUCCCCCUUCGCAGAUCCCAGACCCCCCUUUCUCACUUCCCACAACCCAGGGCCGGGCAUCACUGGGGGCGAUCCUGUCCUCCACCAGCUGGGGUGGGCUCCUCCCGGGGAAACCCGAGUCUGUGACCAAGCUGAUCUCUGCAGGGACCCAGGACAGCGAGUGGGGCUCCCCCACCUCCCUGGAGGGGCAGCUGGGCAGUGUGUUGGUCUUCCACGAGGCUCUGCAACCAGCACAAGUCAAGGCUCUAUAUCUGGCAGGACCAAACUGCAUUUCUCUUUUGAAAGCUCAAGAGUCAGAGUUGGCAGAAAUGCCAUCUAAACUUCUCCUUUACUACACGCCGAAGGCCUGUAAAAACCCUAUUUGCCUUGAUCUGUCUCCAAAUCUUCUCCAUGGGAGACUGACUGGGAAUAAAGUCGUUAACUGGGACAUAAAGGACACGAUCAACUGCAUUGGUGGUUUAAACAUCCUCUUCCCCUUGCUGGAACAAAUAAGCCACCUGACUGGGGCUGAGAGGAGUGAAGGCGAUGCUGCAGCAGCUGAGAACAUAACUCCUGAACUGCUUACCCCAUCCGAGGGGGACUGGGUGGUCCUGCCGUCCUCCAGGGCAUCAGAGGCUAGAUUGGAAAAUAAUUUUGUAGCUACCUUUCUCCUGAUGAUUAAGCACUUCAUUCAAAGACACCCAAUCAACCAGGAGACUCUUAUUCACUCCCAUGGAGUUGCUACCUUAGGGGCCCUGUUACAAAAGCUGCCAAGCAGUAUGGUGGAUGUGAAUAUGUUGGUGGCUGUCCAGCUGCUGAUAGAGCAGGUGAACCAAGAGAAGAACACAGUGCUGCUGCAGCAGAUGUACCAGUACCUGCUUCUAGACUUCCGUAUCUGGGACCAGGGAGAUUUCCCCUUCAGAAUCGGCCACAUCCAGUACUUGUCGACAAUAAUCAAAGAUAGCCGGAAGCUGUUCCGGAGGAAGUAUGGAGUCCAGUUUGUAUUGGAUGCUAUUCGUCUCUACUACGGAACCCACAGUAAAGAGAAUGACUUGUGCCUGGAUGAUGUGAAGACGAUUCGAGCUUCGCUCUACGGACUCAUCAAAUACUUCAUCAGCAAAGGGGUGGUGCAGGAGGAGGUGCAGUGUAUCCUGGGAUACAUUGCUGCAAUAGGAGAUGAAGAACAGCUCUGUGGGAUCCUGGAGGUGUUGCUGAAUGUGCUCCACACCAGUACAUCCCGAGACCAGCUCUUCCUGCUGCUCUUUGAGCCUGGCAAUGCAGAAAUCCUCUACACACUGCUGCUCAACCACAAGUACACUGACAAAGUCAGAGACCUGGUCUUCAAGAUCUUUGAGAAAAUGCUUAAGUGUGAUAAAGUGUAUGAGAAGAGCAAACAGCGCAUCAAGCUGAGGGAGGUCGGGUACUCUGGACUGAUCCUACUGUUCAAUGAAAUACCAAUAACUCUGUUGCUCAUUAAAAACCUCCUAAACCAGGUUCUUAAUUCAGAUCCUGUGGUUAAUUACAAGGAUAUCAUGGCUUUGGUGCACUUGACUCACAAAGCAGGCUUGCAUAUUAGGCUGGUCAUUUGUAAAAAGCUUUACCAGCUACUGCAGUCGCAGCAGGAUGCUGCACAGCAGAUUUCCCGACAGGCUGGUUGGCAGGAGACUCUGGUCAAGCUGUACCUAAGAGAAAACGCUGAAACACAGGACAGCAGCAUCAGCAAAGCAGACUCUGCAAGCACCAGCAGCCUGGAUCACGUCAAGAACAGGUGGAGUGCUUCUGAGUCCCACGAUUCAGGGAAAGGAAAUAUUCAAGACAAACUAGACAAUGACAAGGAUGUUGUUGACAGACCCACAGCGGCAGAUAGGUCUGUGGAUUCUCACAGCAUAGUAGACAAUAGAUCAUUGGACGGUUUGAAUCAAUCAGUAAAUGGUGGAGAGACCGCAGCCAUGGACACCCCUAGUGAGGCCCUUGCCAAGUCCUGGGCCGCCAAAGCAGAAGGCUUGAGUUUGGAUCUGUCCAGGAUCCCUUAUGAGCUGGGGGAUAGUGGGACUCUAACUCCAGGAAGUCUGACCAGCACCCCCUCCCCCUCGGAGACUUCCAGGUCUUUCCCCAACGUCCAUUCUGACAGGGAGUCGUCAUCUUUUAUGGAGGACAGCUUCUGCUUCAAUGAUGACUUCUCUUUAUGUGAAAACUUUGGAGGUGCUGAGAAGAGUGAGGAGGAACUGACGAGGAUGCUGAGUGAGAUCCUGCUGUGUGUGAUGUGGCGUGGAGUGGACAGCUCUGACGAUGUUGCCUGGCUGGAGAGGGGGCAGGUCUUCUCAGCCCUGACCAAGCUGGGAACAGCCAACGAGCUGCUUCAGCCUGCAGAUGAGAUCAAAUUAAAUCUUCUUGAGAAGAUGAUAGAAUGGGCAGUCACUGAUAACCGAGAGGCUACAGCCUCUACCUUGCCUGUCCACACAGAGAACGCUGUGUUCCUCUUGCAUACUCUACAGGACUUCUUACAGACAGAGGGCCUGGUCAACCCAGCUCUGUGGACUGAGAAGGUGCUGGAGGAGGCAGUGACACUGAUGGACAGUCUCAUGGUGUGGUAUUCAUCUGGCACACAGUGGAUGCAGCUCUCCCAGGUCGGAGUGAGACUGCUGCUGGGGUUCAUGGCACAAGACAACAUCCAGGUGUGCGCCAUGGCCACAGCCAAACUGAACACCAUCCUGCAGACGAAGGCUAUCGACAGCCAGGACGAGGCAUGCUACCUGCUUGGCAAGCUGGAGGGCAUCCUGAGCAAGUCCAUCCAGGAGAAGACAGAGACCUACUCCUUCCUCAUCCCCCUCAUCCGCAGCUUGCUCUCCAAGAUCCACCAGCUGCUCUACAUGCAGCUGCACCUGCCCUCCCUGCCCAAUACCAAUGGCAGCCCCUCCUUCUUCGAGGACUUCCAGGAGUACUGCAGCUCCGACGAGUGGCGGGUAUACCUGGACAAAUACAUCAUUCCUUACAUGAAGCAGUACGAGAUUGAGAUAUUCAGCAGGGGCCACGAGUCCAUGGCCAUCUACUGGAAGAACUGCUACGAGGCAUUCAUGGUGACCUUGCACAAGUGGGAGAGGGAAAGAGGAGAGAGCAAACUCAAAUUCCAGGAGUUCUUUGUGGAGCCGUUCACACGCCGGUCCCGCCAGGAGAACCUGCGCUACAACAACAUGUUGAAGCAGAUCAACAGCCAGCACAUUGCCACCCUGAGGCAGUGGAAGGCAGCGCGUCACGGGCUGGUCAGUGAGAGGGGCCCGUGGGCUGACAGGAAGCAGAGUUCAAUGCAUUGGAAGCUCUCUAGUGCUGAAAACUACUCCCGCAUGAGGUUGAAACUGACCCAGAACUACAACUUUGACCCCCACAGCGAGGCCAGCGCUUUGAGAGACAAUCUUGGCAUGCAGGAGAGCAAGCCUACAAACGAGUCUCUGCUCCUGGAGGCAGUGAAGCAGGUGAAGGUGAGCGACGUGGAGGACGACAUGCUGGAGCUGCCAGAGGAGGACCCCACUGCCGGCAACAGCCUGAAUGAGAUCGAGGAGCAGAGUCAGAAGGAAAAGCUGGUCAUUUCAGAGGACUGUGAUCUCAUUACCGUGAUGGACAUCAUUAGCGGCCGUCUAGAAGUGACCACCCAACACAUCUAUUUCUAUGAUGGCAGUGUGGAAAAGGAGGAAGGGGUGGGCUACGAUUUUAAAUGGCCACUCUCCCAGAUCCGAGAGAUACAUCUACGUCGGUACAACUUGAGACGUUCUGCUUUGGAAAUAUUCCUCAUCGACCAGACAAAUUACUUUCUCAACUUCAGAAAGGAGGUGCGUAACAAAGUGUACAGCCGGAUGCAUUUGUUAACUGUCGGCUCCCCAAACCUAUAUGGAACUCGAUCUCCUCAAGAACUGCUGAAAGCUUCAGGACUAUCACAGAAAUGGGUGAACAGAGAGAUCUCAAACUUCGACUACCUCAUUCAGCUAAACACGAUAGCUGGAAGAACAUACAAUGAUCUCGCCCAGUACCCUGUGUUCCCCUGGGUUCUAUGUGAUUAUACCUCAGAGGAGCUUGACUUGAACAAUCCUGCAGUGUUUAGAGACCUUUCCAAACCAAUAGGAGUGGUUAAUGAAAAGAAUGCCAAAUCUGUUUGUGAAAAGUAUGAUAAUUUUGAGGACCCCACAGGAACCAUUGACAAGUUCCACUAUGGGACUCAUUACUCCAAUUCUGCUGGGGUGAUGCAUUACCUGAUGCGGGUGGAGCCCUUCACUACACUGCACAUCCAGCUCCAGAGUGGAAGGUUUGAUUGUGCAGACAGACAGUUCCAUUCCAUACCCGCAACCUGGCAGGCUCUGAUAGACAAUCCAAACGAUGUCAAAGAGCUCAUUCCAGAAUUCUUCUACUUCCCAGAAUUCUUAGAGAACAAGAACAACUUUGACCUUGGGCGUUUGCAGAUAUCCAAAGAGCGUGUUGAUGAAGUCAUUCUUCCAAAAUGGGCGAAAUCCCCUGAGGAUUUCAUCUACAAGCACAGGAAAGCAUUGGAGUCAGAGUAUGUAUCGGCCCAUCUCCAUGAAUGGAUUGACCUGAUCUUCGGAUACAAGCAACGGGGACCAGAUGCUGUGGAGGCUCUCAAUGUAUUCUAUUACUGCACUUAUGAAGGGGCCGUGGACCUGGAUGCUAUAGCUGAUGAGAAGGAGAGGAAAGCUUUGGAAGCAAUGAUCAACAAUUUUGGACAGACUCCUUGUCAGCUACUCAAGGAGCCCCAUCCUGUCCGGCUAUCUACUGAGGAGUUAGAGAAACGCCAGGCCAGGCUGGACAACUGUCCUCUUAGUGUCUUCCAACAUCUGACAGAACUCAAGUCAUUCUUUGUGGAGGGGAUCAGUGAUAAUGUUCCACUGGUAAAGGCGGUGGUCCCCAAAAAUCAGUCUCACUCAUUCAUGUCCCAAGGGAGCCCGGACACACUGGUCACAUUGAGCCAGAACUGCCUGAUGGGAACUCAUGGAUGGCUGCCUUAUGAUAAAAACAUAUCCAAUUACUUUACAUUCAUCAAGGACCCAACUGUAUCAAAUGAAAAAACCCAGCGCUGUAUUAAUGGACCAUUUACCCCCGGACUAGAGAUCGCCACCAAGCUCUUCGUUGUGUCACAUGACGGGAAAUUGCUCUUCAGUGGAGGACACUGGGACAACAGCAUUCGAGUGACCUCACUGGCUAAGGGCAAGCUGGUUGGACAGCACAUAAGGCACAUGGAUAUUGUGACCUGCCUGGCUACAGACUACUGUGGAAUCCACCUAAUAUCAGGGUCACGGGACAAAACAUGCAUGAUCUGGCAAGUUCUACAGCAGGGAGGAGUUCCGGUAGGUUUGGUGGCUAAACCUGUGCAGAUUCUGUAUGGACACACCGAUGAGAUUACGAGUGUGACUAUCAGCACCGAGCUGGACAUGGCUGUUUCAGGUUCCAAGGAUGGCACAGUGAUCAUCCACACUAUCCGACGAGGGCAGUACAUGAGGUCCCUGAAGCCCCCCUGCGAGAGCUCACUGCCCGUCACCAUCCUGCACCUCGCCAUCUCCUGGGAGGGACACAUCGUCGUGCACACCUCCAUCGAGGGGAAAUCCACCCUGAAGGAUAAGAAUGCUCUUCAUUUGUACUCUGUGAAUGGAAAAUAUUUAUGUUCCGAGAAUCUGAAAGAGCAGGUAUCAGACCUCUGUGUUACUGGGGAGCACAUCGUCCUGGGUAGUGUGCAAGGAUUCCUGUCUAUCCGGGACCUCUACAGCCUGACUCUCGGCCCGGCCCCCAUCGCCAUGCGGGUGCCUGUCCACUGCGUCUCGGUCACCAAAGAGAACAGCCACAUCCUGGUGGGGCUGGAGGACGGCAAGCUGAUCAUUGUGGGCGUGGGCAAACCGCCAGAGAUGCGUUCAGGGCAGAUCACACGGAAACUCUGGGGCUCGAGCAAACGUCUGACCUCGAUCUCAUCAGGAGAGACUGAAUAUAACACCCAAGAUCACAAAUGAUAUGAUGCAUGACGGGAGAACCCAACCAAAUCACAGCUCUCUGCCACACCUGAAUCCAUCACCUUGAUUUGGCCUCUGCCACUCAAAUCCGUAUCAGUGUACCCAAUCAGAGUGCUUUUGAACUGAUGAUUAUUAUUAUUUUUUUUUUUUGCUACACAAUUUGAACUGCAACAGAUGAAACUUUUUUUUAUUUAUUUGUUUUUUAUUAUAAGCGUGACAUGACAAUUAAUUUAAAACUUCAGAUUAUUGUUUUUUUUUUGCUGCUGCUUUGUAAUUUUUUAAUGUGUGAUUUGUGAUCACUCAGAAACAAACGGUUAUGAUUACACUAACAAUCUUAUGAUCUUCCAGAACACUCAAACAUCUCAAGUGGAUCAUUGAGGUUUAUUAUUCAAAUAUCUUCUCUUGUUCAACUUGCUGGUGGGCAGCUAUAUCAAGCCAUCCCAUGUGCUCUUCUAUCAACAUACUGUAGGUUCUUCCAUUUGUCAGAAGCCAGGAGUGACAAUCUCUCUGGGGUGGGUUUCGUUAUUCAAUUGCAGUGGUUUAUAGACUAAGGAUUGACAGAGUGGAGCUAAUAUACAUAAAAGCAUUGGGGACGUUUUAAAUGUCAAGACUGGGUUUUGGUUGAUUGGUAGAUGGUAGCUAUGUGAGAUUCCUUCCUUGUACAGACAGUAUUUCAUAAUUGGGUUUCUACAGACUGCUCUGCAGGUAAUGGUGAUGGGCAAUCAUUCAGAAUCCCCAUAGUUGAUUAAUGCAAUGUAUUACGUGCUAUUAUAUUUUCCAUGCGGCAUUGAUCAGAACGAUGAAUGUAACGGUUAAGUACAGUUUUAAAAUAAAUUGAAAGUAAAAAAUAUAGUUUCAUAUUGGUUGUCUUCAGGAACAAGAUGCAGUUUUAUUUUUGUCGCUAAAAUGGCAAUAAUAAUAAUACUAUGCAAACCCUUCACAUAAUUGGAAAAAUGCAUAUUCAUUAUAUAUAUAUACACACACACACACACACAUAUAUAUAUACACAGUUAUGCGUACUGGUCAGCAGAACCUUGUCUUUUUAAUCUUCAAAGCCUGUCUGUUGUUUUGUGGUUUGUCUCCAUUGUAUUUGACUUGACAUUUCCAUUUUUACAUGGGAUUUUGUCUAAAGUGAAAACCAACAACUACUCAUUUUAAGCCAUAUGCAUUCACACUUGUCAGACUCUCUCACACACUCACAAAUGCUGCAUUAUACAGUACUGCUUGUGAUGAGGAAAAAAACCCACUACAUCAGUACCUUAUGAUUCUGCCUGUUGCAAAUAUUUGCAUUUGGUUCCUACACUGUUUUAUUCAGACACAGCAUUAUGUUUAAUAAGCUGAUUUUAGGUAAGCAGUUUGUGUUCAAGAGGAGUGGCUAUUGAGAUGAACAGUUAGGUAAAGUAUGAAUCAAAAUAAAUCUAAAGUAAAAGCAAUGAGCUAUAGAACAGUUGUAGUAAUCAAGUAAACUGUCAUUCAUAGAAGGAUCUUCCCAUGAAAAUGAGCAGUCGAUUUAGGAUCACUGCUGUGGGGAGAUGUUUUUCAGUUCAAUCACAGCAACACAUUUUUAUGGUACUGAAGAAUGAAUUAUUUAGCUUUGCACCAACAAUCCUGCAGCUUAAAUCAAGCCAUCGUUCAUGAAAGGAUCUUCCAGUGGAACAAAAAAAAGAUGCAAAUGAAGCAAGAAAAAUAUGCUUUGUAGUUUUUUUGGAUUGUUCAAACUGAUUUUAAAGUUGCUGACGUUUGUCAGAAAGUUUUUUGUUUUUUUGUAUUACCCUUUGUAUUGUUCAUAGGAACUUCAUUUUU